AUGAUUGGGAUGAAAAACGAUAUGAUCUUGGCCCACCAGAUAGAUUUUUCUUCCCGGUUCUCGAUGCUCCAUGUUGUUGGUUUGGGCGAGGGCGCCAAGGACGGUGCACUGGAUGUUGCUAUGGAUGGUGCUGCUGUGGGGAAAGAUGUCAGUGUGGGGGCAGGUGUCACUGUGGGCGGGGUUGUUCUUGUUGCGACUGCUGGUGCAAUCGAUGAAGGGCUCCUACUGGAUGCACCACAAGGAUAA